UCACCUUUCCCAAGCUCCAGUACUCUAAGCUGAAAAAUCAGCUCUGAAAUGCUGACAAUUAGUCAAGCUUUCGUCAUUUUAAUAAUUUUUUUAUUAAGUGUUCAGUUUCUCAAACUGCAAAAGGCACGCCAGCAAUUCCCUCCUGGACCAACUCCUCUCCCAUUGCUUGGAAACUUGUUGCACUUGAACUUUCAGUUUCAUCGGGAUCUUCUGAUGGAGCUGGCAAAAACUUAUGGCAACAUAUAUACCUUGUGGUUUGGGUGGACCCCGGUGAUCAUACUGAAUGGAUUUCAAGCAGUGAAGGAUGGCAUGACGACACACCCUGAAGAUGUUGCUGGGAGAAUGGUAUCUCCUUUCCUCAGAGCAAUGGCCAAAGGAAAAGGUAUUUUACUGGCAAGUGGUCGCUCGUGGAAGCAGCAGAGACGCUUUGGUAUAAUGACUCUACGCAACCUGGGAAUGGGGAAAAAAGGCCUGGAGUACCGAGUGCAAGAGGAGGCUGCUCACCUGGUGGAGCUCUUUAGGAACCUGAAAGGAAGACCUAUGGAUCCUUCUUUUCCUCUUUUCCAUUCUAUUUCAAAUGUAAUCUGUGCUGUGGUUUUUGGAUAUCACUUUUCUGAUGAGGACAAAACCUUCCACGAGCUGAUCAGUGCCACAGAGAAGAUAUUUAGUUUUGCAGGCAGCUUCAUUUAUCAGCUGUAUGAAAUCCUCCCCUGGCUGAUGUGCCGUCUCCCCGGUCCUCAUAAGAGGGUGUUGUCUUGCUAUGAUGUAUUGAGUUCUUUUUCAAGGAUGGAGGUCAGAAGACAUGUGGAGAGAGGGACACCAGAUGAACCGCGGGAUUUCAUUGACUUUUAUCUGGCUGAGAUAGAGAAAUCUAAAGAUGAGGACAAGCCCAAGUAUGAUGAAGACAACUUGGUGCAUGUUAUAAAUGAUCUUUUCCUCGGUGGAUCAGAGACCUCAAGCACAACCUUGUACUGGGGAUUGCUCUAUAUGGUAGUCUAUCCAGAUAUCCAAGAGAAAGUGCAGAAGGAGCUGGAUGCUGUUUUGGAUCCCUCUCAGACGAUCUGCUAUGAGCAUCGGAAAAAGCUGCCCUAUACGAAUGCUGUGAUUCACGAGAUCCAGCGCUUCAGCAACAUUGUCUUUGUUGGUCUGCCCAGGGUGUGUGUGAGGAACACAACAUUGCUGGGUUACCCUGUCAAGAAGGGCACCAUCGUUAUUCCAAACAUAGCAUCUGUUCUCUAUGAUCCUGAGCAAUGGGAGACACCUCGACAGUUCAACCCUGGCCAUUUCCUGGAUAAAGAAGGAAACUUUGUAAAUCGAGAAGCAUUCUUACCGUUCUCGGUAGGGCACCGGGUGUGCUUGGGGGAGCAUCUGGCAAGGACUGAGCUCUUCAUCUUCUUUGCCAACCUGCUACGGGCAUUCAGCUUCCGGCUCCCUGAGGGAGUGACGACGGUCAACACUGAGCCCAUUUUUGGGGGCACGCUGCAGCCCCACCCAUACAAGGUUUGUGCCAUCCCACGCUAGGCUGCGGACAUCACAGACCACCUUCACCUCAGUGAACUUCCUCUCAGAUAUAGAAACUGUCUUUGAUCAACCAGUAUAUUGACAUUAGCCUAUCGCAGCACUGUUCAGAAAGUGGAGACAAGCCAAGAUCCAGACCACCAACACUUCUGGUAUGGUCCUUGUGAAGGUCCCAGGCAUUCUUGCAAGGAUCUAUUAUUUUUUUUCCCUUUUGGAGAGCAUCCAAAGAAAGACACUAUGGCUCCCAGUUGUGAAGAUUGCAUUCUGUGCCUACCUGUCCUAGCCAAGUAGGAUUGCCAUGGUGCUCACUGUUCAGCAAACGUCAGUGUGAUUAAACACAAGACCUCAGCAAGAGCUGAGCAGGUGUCAUUUCUAUGAGUGGUCUGACUUCAAGGCAUCUGACUCUGGAAAGUGCACACUUAAAGGCCUACUUUGGUUUUACUAUCAUGAGACACUUUAAUUUGUUGGCAGGUUGGAAAUAAAAGAAAAUAAAAUGGAAACACAUUGGAAUAUGAGUGCAUUAAUGUCUGAGUUUGAGGUAAGCAUCUCCCACGGAUAAGACAAAAAGAGUCAAUGUGAAGUCAAAUGAACUUAAAUUUCACAGUUACUAACAGUGUGAAUGUGUAACUCAGCAGUGUAAUCAUUGUUAUAAUGUAUUGCCAGUUUAUUUUGUCAUUUUUAAAAAUCUGUUUUUUAUGAUGUGGAAUCAUGCUGACUUUGUUUGGGUUACUACAAGGUUGGGACCUACAACUCUGUAGUCAGACCUUCCGCUCAUUGAAUGAACACAGUAACUGGCAGUAGAAGACCUUUAUCAACCCUGCCUGGAAGAGCAUAAAUGUGGGGUGAGAUAUUCACUUUGCCAGUGGAUUUCACUGCUAACUCUUCACAGCAGAGGAAUGCAGAGGCUUUGGAAGGCAACAUCUGGAGACUUCCUGAACACACAGAUGUUUCCCAUCUUUUCCGGGUCCUUCUCUUCAUUAUAGCCCAUACUGUCCUUCCAGUCCUCCAUUCAAUCUCAUUGCAAUCUCUCCCUCACAAUUUGCAGUUCCUGCUCCCAUCCGCUCAUUAUCCACAUAAACUCUAUUUCAGGA